UCAGACUUGGUUGGUUUUCAGAAAGUACUAGCUUCUAUACUGUCCCAGUUCUGACCCAUGGGUAUGUGUUUUGUGCGAAAGCCAACACACCGAAGAUACUAAGACUGUGGUUGUGAAUGGAUAAAGGAAGGGAAUGAGCAGAAAGACGAUAUGGCUAGGAAAAGACAAGAACAGAAUUGAGAAAUUAGGAUAAGGAAAGGAGGUUGACGACAAUUUUACUGUUUAUUAAUAUACUAUUUCUAUUUCCAGUGGCCGUCAUUAUGUCUGGACGUAGAUCUAGAUACAGACUUCCCAGAAGAACGCUGGAUAUUCCGACACUCACAGCAGGACAGAAAGUAUGAAGGCGGAAUGCAAUGCGCCAAUAUACGUCCGUCAGCGAGAGAUAUUGUCAGGCGUUUUUAUGCGAUCCUACCUUACUUCGACAAGGACCACACAAACACCGCAUUUCUCCACAAGUUCCGAGGUACGAUCUACAGUAUGUCCGACAGUGAAGACAUGCUGGAUCGUGAGGCUGGCUUCUAUGCUGCCGUGCUCACUCCGCUGGUCUUCUUGCAGCAGUAUCGGGAUACCUGGUGCCUUUUGGAGCGGUUCCACAGGGCCAUACGAUUGUAUCAGAUUUCUCACCCGACUGAAAAGAGGUCUGCCUUGAAAUUGCUGCAGAAUUUAAGAGCUGUUAAUCAAAAGAUCCGAGGGUUCAUAUUCGAUCUACCAGGCCCAGAGCAAGCGGCUCGGACCACGUCAGCGCCCGACAGCGAGGAAGAUGACACAUUACAUGACAAGAAAGACAUUAGGUAUCUCAAAGAACUUAUUAAAAAUCUUGGCUGAUA